AUGGAGCAAGCCGAUACUGCAUUUUAUAGUGCUGGUCCUCUUGGUGAGGAUCUUUAUCAAUGGCAAGCUACGAUUAUUGGACCUAAUGAUAGCCCAUUCGCUGGUGGCGUAUUCACUCUUGCCAUUCAAUUUCCAACAGAUUAUCCAUUUAAGCCACCCAAA